AGAAAGCAUUGUGACUAAAAGCACAUUCAUAUUUGGGAAACAUAAUCACCCUACCCUAAAAAAGUUCAGCAAAAGUUUGUGGACCAGAUAUAAAUAUGUCUUAACUAUAAAAACAUUUUCAGCGACGUUGGCUCGGUCAAACAAGAUACUUCGGUAAGGCGCCAGCACCUGCGAAGGCCGGUAAGAAGGAUAUGUAAAUUACCCUGACUUUCGCAUCGCCUCCGCCUCCGCCUUCUUGCCUUCAAGUGCGACGUUAUCCUGUCACUUAGUGACAGUAUUUAUGUCUGUCUCUCACACGCGCCAGGGGUGCGGAGGCUGGUGUUGAUUCCUCUGAGACAAGAUGACAGAAAGAAUCUUGAUUCUUUUUGGAGUCUUGGUACUCGUAGCGGCGGUGAGUACGCAACGGUUUAAACAAGAAAAGGGGAGCAAGCGCACCGUAAUUUUGUCUCGGACAGUGAAAGAACAGACCCGCUCGCGGGAAAAAAGGGAUUCCAGGACCCGGGCUUCCAGCUUCUCUUCAUGCAUAUUAAAACUCCCUGCUUCGGACUGGAAGAAGUUGGAUCAAAACACUCAUGAGACUGCGUUCCAUGGGGAUGAUGGCUCUAGUUUUACACUCACAUGGGUUGGCGACGGGACCGGGGUGAUCCUUGUGCUCUCAACGAUCAGUCCUCCAGUGGGUGUGGUUAUCGGAGGAGGGUCUUCCCGACUUUACAGGAGUCAGGACUAUGGGAAAACCUUUCAUGAUAUCUCCCAUGUCAUCAACAACACCUUAAUACGGAAAGAAUUUGGCAUUAGCACCGGGCCUGGCAACUCUGAAAAGGUAAUUCUCACCGGGGACGUCCCUGCCCUAGAAUCGAACGGAGGCAUAAUAUUCACGUCCACUGAUGCGGGCGUGUCCUUCAAACCAGUCCAGCUGCCGUUCCACCCCCGCCAGGCAAUCAGUUUCCAUUUCCAGAACCCCAACUACCUGGUUACCAUUAGCGAUGAUGGUGGGCUUUGGUUGUCUUUAGACUUUGGGCACAAGUGGAACAAACUCCAGGAGGGUGUUCAUUCUUUCAUGUGGGGUUCUGGCACCACUCUCUUCUUUAGCUACAGCCCCAACGGGACAGGUGAGGGAGUGCCGCUUUACCCCGAGCGGACUGGUGGCACCACCGCAACACCUUUUCAACAUGGGGAGGACGCUCAGAAAAUAUUUAAAAUGGAUGCUGACAGGAGGGGGGAGCUGUUCCUGAAAAGAACUGAGGACCUGGGCAGGACUUUCACCACCAUCACCCAAAAUAUCUUCUCCUUCGGCUACAUCGGGGGCUUCCUGUUCACCUCUGUCACAGAGAAGCAGGGAGAGCCCCGUGUCAUAUAUGUGUCCUCAAACCAGGGAGACAUCUUCAAUAAAGCCCAGCUGCCCUCUGCAACUAUUGAGCAGUUCUACUCUGUUCUCGACGGAGAUGAGGACAUGAUCUUCAUGCAUGUGGACGAUCCGGGAGUGGACACGUAUUGCGGCACGGUUUACACUUCUGACGACCGGGGAAUUCUGUACUCCAAGUCCCUGGAGCGCCAUCUGUUUGGCGGGGAGGGGAAGAGCGACUUCACCAACAUCACGUCCCUGAGGGGGGUCUACCUCACCAAUGUCCUGGAGAAGGAUGAUCGUAUUCGGACAGUCAUCUCGUUUGACAGAGGGGGGGAGUGGAGAUUACUCAGCAAGCCGGGGAAUGCAGAGUGUGGAAAGAACAUGAAAAACUGUAACCUGCAUAUCCAUGGAGAGUACAGUCGCUUUAACGGACUGGCUCCACUGCUGCCCCUCUCCGACCCCAGUGCUGUUGGCCUCGUCAUUGCUCAUGGCAGCGUGGGUGACUCUGUCACCUCAGCUCGGCCAGACGUGUACGUGUCGGAUGACGGGGGGUACACCUGGGCACGGACGCUGAUGGGACCCCAUCACUAUGCCAUCCUGGACUCCGGCGGCCUCGUGGUCGCCGUGGAGACCCACGCCGAUCGCCUCAUUCACACCGUCAAGUUCUCCACAGACGAGGGGCAGUGCUGGAAGCUGUACAACUUCACUGACCAUCCCAUCUUCUUCGCUGGCCUGGCCUCUGAACCCGGCACAAAAACCAUGAACCUCACCAUCUGGGGGUACCGGCCUGAGGAGGAAUACCGGGCCACGUGGGUUGCGGUCACCAUCGACUUCCAGCCCCUGCUCCAUAGAGAAUGCGAAGAGCAGGAUUACAUAGAGUGGUUGGCACACUCCACUGCCAGCCAGGACUCGGACACUGAUGGGUGUGUCCUGGGGUACAGAGAGACCUUCAGGAGGCUGAAGAAGCAGUCCGUCUGUAGAAACGGGAGGGACUACGUUGUCCGCAGACAGCAGAAGCCUUGCCUGUGCACCAGGGAGGAUUACUUAUGUGAUUAUGGUUACUAUCGCCACGAGAACACCUCAGAGUGUGUGGAACAGACAGACUUCAGGGACCGCAUCUUGGAGGUGUGUUUAAACGGAGAGGAGGAGGAGCUUCAGACUUCAGGGUACCGUAAAGUCCCCAGCGACCGGUGUGAGGGAGGAUUCACUCCUUUGCGCAGAGAGAGGACCGUCAGCCAUAGCUGUGGGAGCACCAGCCCGGUGUCUGCUUCAGAAAUAAAUGGCCCACAGGCCACAGUCCUGGUGAUGGUGCUGUCUGUUUCAGUUGUGGUAGUAGCCUUGGCUGUUGCCGGCCUUUUCAUGGUCAGGAGGGGGCUGCGUACUGAAAGGAUGCCAGCAUACCGCUUCUCUGCUCUGCAGGUGCAGGAGGAUGACCGGUGUCCCUCCGUGGGCCGACAGACAGUUCCCUUCAACAAUGGAGGAAGUGACCAAAAUGACUCAGACGAGGAUCUCAUUGAAUGACUAGAACUGAAGCAAGAUCACUUUGGCGAAGAAAAGUGAUCUACGUACAAUCAGCGUGCACGUCAUCUGAACAUGCACCAGCUGGAAGCAUGUUUGCUUGUGUGACUUCGAUUGGCCAUUUCCUUGCUUGUAUCGGCUUUCUGUUGUCCUCUGAUUACCAGUGGAGGUAUAAGGGAGGAUAGAUCAAUCAAAGACAUUUUCUUUACUGGACAACGAAAAGUAGUGUUAAGGCUUUACUUCUAUGAGUUAUUAAAUAUUAUUCUUGUUCAGAAUGCAUCUCAGGGUAUAUUGUGAAAAAGGGUUAUUUGUGGAUUACAGCCUCGUACUGUACUGUCAUGACAUGUUUUUGCUCUGUGAAAUUCACAAUUUAAAAUGGAGUGAUCAGAAGUAUCUCUAAACAUGAAAAUGACUGCACUGCUGUGAAAACAGUUAAAGUUGUCGUGACAGGAGUCACAAAUUGUUACAUAUCAAGAUUCUUGGAAUGAAGCUAGACUGAUAUGAGUAGGGACACCAGUUUUAUCUAGUGCUGUAUUUUUUACCUGCAAUUCAGCCACCUUGAAUGGAGGUCAAUGGAGCCUUCUUGUCAGUCAAAUAUCACACCCCCCCCUCCCCCUCCCCACCCCACAGAAAUCUUCAUCAAUCAACAUUAAUAAGCACACAUGAUAAUUGACUGUCACAUGCUACUUUCACUGCAUAAAACUGUAGACAUGCAGCAGAUAUUUUUAAUGAGUUAAUGAGUAACAUUUUUUCCCUAAUAAUAGGAAAUUAUAUUAGCAACACAAAAAUAGUUGAAUAAGACUAAUCAUAAUAAUUAAAUACCCCUCAACUUACCCCUGAAUUAUGUCAAUUUAGUGCUUUUAUGAGGGCACAGUUGGUCAAUAACUGUAUAUUUAUGUGAUAGUGAUAAUACAAAACAGUGACCUCAAGGGGGAUCACAUGCUCUAGAAACUGGUAUCCCUAGGUAUGAGGAAGUAAGGUGUUAUAAAGAAGCGCCGCCCCCCCUUUUUCUGUCUAACCCAAUUGAACCUAGUUUUCUUAAAAAAAAAAAAAAAGAAUAAAAAAAUCAUGAUGUAUAUGCUAACAUGAUAUCAUGAUAGUGUAAAUUUGUGUAAAUGAAUCACAUUUGAAUCACAGAUUGGUGAGAAAUCUAGAAAAUGCUUUUUAAUGAUAAAAUUUGUUGUUACAGAGACCCAUGUUAUUUUCUGACCUUCUUACCCCUGAAUUGCAGUUUUCUUCACUGCCAAAUACUUAUGAGGUUUGUCUUGUUUUGAGACUGAAAAUGAAAAAAGGUAUGAUUCAUAAAGCUGGUUUGUAAAAAAAUACAUAUUUACAAAACCAACUGAAAUGUUAAAGCCAUUAAAGUUGGCUUUUAAACUUAAUUUAUUUUAUUUAAACCUAAUUUCUGCUAUAAUUGAUUUUGUUGUGUUCAUUUUCAGCAAUUUGAAGAAUUUCUUUUGUUCAGACUGAUAAAUAAAACUGAUCCACAUUUAAAUUUU